AUGCUUUCUGAAGUGGUGGAACUAGAUCUCAGCGCAGCUGAAAAGGAGGAGAUGCAUGAACAACAAGUCACAGAGAACAAGGAAACCGUGUGGGAGUUCGAGAACCUCUAUUGCGAGGUGAAGGCAGUGCUCUCCCAGCUUAAGAUCAAACAAACGCCCUCAAGUUCGUCUAUGGCAGUACCUGCUGCACCUAGUUCGUCGAGAGUGAUGUUACCGGACAUCAAGCUCCCUACAUUUGGUGGAAAGUUAAUGCAGUGGAUCACUUUCAGAGACACGUUUCGAUCGCUGAUACACAACAAUGAGUCCUUGCCUUCCAUUUACAAAUUCACCUAUUUAAGGACGUCACUAUUUGGAGAAGCCCUGCAAGAAAUCAGUUCGAUCGAGAUGACCGCAUCUAAUUAUCGUAUCGCAUGGACUACGCUGAAAAAUCGAUACGAAAAUAAGAAGCUAAUUCUCAAGACACAACUGGAUGCGAUUUUUGCUGUCAAACCCGUACGGAAAGAAUGCUUCGAAGCCCUGAACCACGUCGUAAGCACGUUCGACAAAAAUCUCCAGAUGAUUGGCAAGCUAGGGAUAGACACGAAGAAUUGA